UAAGGGGCAGGGGAGAGCUCUAAGGGACAGAGGGGACAGCUCUAUAGGACAGGGGGCAAGACAGGGAGCUCUUUCACACUACGCGCGCACACACACAAUGCAUCCCUAUACAUACACAGAAACACACAAUGCAUCCCUAUACAUACACAGAAACACAACAUGCUUCCCUUACACACAGAGAAACACACAAUGCAUCCAUUACACACACACACAAUGCAACCCUUACACACAAAGACAAUGCAUCAUUUGCACACAUACACAGAAACAUACAAUGCAAACCCUUACACACACAUGCAAACACACACACUGUUUUUCUUACAUACACACAGAAACACAAUGCAUCUCUUACACUCAAUGCACACACAUACAGACACACACCUUGCAUCCCUUAUGCAUACAAACACAGAUUCACACAAUGCAUCCCUUACACACAACCAGAAUCACAUAAUACAUCCCUUAUACACAAAUACACACUGCUUCCACUACACACAAACACACUCACCUGCACAAACUGGUAUCCCUAUACACUACAUACCAUAAGCACACAUAUUAGAUCCUCUACAAUAACACAUAACACAUCCCCUACACACUCCACUCCCUGUGAGCGAGCUCAUGGGUGGGUGGAACAUAUAAGUGGACUUAUGAGUGGGCCUUAUGGGCAUACUCACCGUCAGGCACUGGAGCCCAGACCUUGAGCUGUGUAAGAGGCCCCCAAAAAAUGGAGCUGCUUCCAAUUCUCCCAGAACAUUGAAUUUUGUGACCACAGUUGCAAACAGCCUCCAGAGGUCCUGUUCUACACCAGACCAGUGGAGCCAAACUGCAGCCCAUCAUCAUCCUCAUCUAAUUGAGCCGGACAGACAGAAGGAUGAUGAGAGUGAGGACGAGAGUGAGGUCCUAGAGGAGAGUCCGUGUGGAAGAUGGCACAAACGCAAGGAACAGGUAAAUCAGGGAAACAUGCCUGGCAUCGAAAGCACAUUUCUGGCGAUGGAUACUGAGGAGGGGGUGGAGGUUGUGUGGAAUGAGCUGCAGUUCUCCGACAAGAGGGUCUUUAAAGCUCACGAGGAAAAGAUCAGAACAAUGUUUCAGAAUCUAAUGGUCGUUGACCAUCCCAAUGUGGUGAAAUUCCACAAAUACUGGCUGGAUGUGAAGGAGACCUUUGCAAGGGUGGUUUUUAUAACGGAAUAUGUCUCCUCUGGGAGCCUUAGACAAUUCCUAAAGAAGACGAAGAAAAAUCACAAAACCAUGAAUGCCAGGGCUUGGAAACGUUGGUGCACACAGAUCCUGUCAGCACUGAGCUACCUACACUCCUGUGACCCCCCUAUUGUACAUGGGAACCUGACCAACGAUACCAUCUUCAUCCAACACAACGGACUGAUAAAGAUCGGAUCAGUAUGGCAUCGAGUAUUCGCUCAUGAGCUUCCAGUUCCUGAUGAACUUCGGACGCCUCUAAAGAUCCAGCAGGAUGAGCAUCGAACGCUGCAUUUCUUCCCUCCUGAGUACGGCUAUGUGGAUGAUGGGACAGCCGUGGAUAUCUUCUCGUUUGGGAUGUGUGCACUGGAGAUGGCGAUUUUGGAAAUACAAAGCAAUGGAGAGAAGGUGUCUGAAGAGAGCAUUUCCCGGUCUGUGCAAUCAUUGGAAGACCCAAAUAUGAAGGAAUUUGUCCAGAAAUGUCUCUCGCAAGUUCCUGGACAAAGACCUUCAGCACACAAUCUGCUAUUUCACAGAGUCCUAUUCGAAGUUCAUUCCCUGAAGCUACUGGCAGCACACACCUUUCUCAAUACACCGUACAUCGCACAGGACACACUUCUGGAAGAAAAGACAAAACAGAUAGACCCACAUGGCGUGAUGGCCUCCAUACCACGAAAAGGACAGGCUGUCAUAUUGUGGAGGUACUCCCAGGUCUCUUCCAUGGAGCUGGAUAAAUUUCUGGAAGAUGUGAGGAAUGGAAUUUAUCCUCUCAUGAACUUUGCCGUGUCCCGUCCCCAUGUCCUGCCACGUGCACUCUCGCAGUCCCAGGAAGAUCUACAGAGUGCCAAGACACCCACUCCUGAGCCAGCAGAAGUGGAAACCAGAAAGGUAAUUCAGAUGCACUGUAACCUGGAGCGCAGAGAUGACAAGGCUCGAUGGCAUCUUACCCUGUACCUGAAAUUAGAGGAUAAACUGCACAGACACCUCAGCUGUGACCUGCACCCCAAUGAAAGCCCUCAAACCUUGGCCUCAGAGCUCGUUCACUAUGGUUUCAUCAGUGAGGACGACUGUCAGAAAAUGGCGGUGUUCCUAGAAAAUGCUAUACACAAAGACCAGACCCCACUGCACUGACCCCCUGGUCUGAAGGCCUUACAGUACCGGGAGAUGAGUGUGAGAAAACACGUGGAUGCCUAUGAGAAUGUGGCGUCAGAUCCACCAACCUCGUAACGCAUGGUCAGUUCCUCCCCGGAGGAGUGGGAGUACCUGCGCUCCAGCGACAAGCUAUCAUUGGUUUUCCACUGCAUCUGACACUGUCUACAGUCCUGGUGACACAAGCCACAAGAAAUACUUAUGAAAUUUAUGCUAAAUUUACAUCUGCUUCUUAAUGCCAACUUGGCUCCAACGUCAAGGUGUUGAUCCUGUGAUCCCGAUAACGAGCCACCUGCGAGGAAGUCUGGGAUCAAUUUGUCUUCCUAAUUACGUUAAAAGCACAAACCACAGCUCAGUUUAUAUCUGCAUCUUAUAGCGGGUGAAUUUUUGUAUGCAUUAUGAGUUCCUGUAUAUAAAAACUAUUUGUGAGAUUGUGGGUCAGUGACCCUCAGUGUGUGAUAAAAGCAAAUCCAGGAAUGUUACCAGUUUUUAGAGAGAAACUCCGGACCCCUAAAGCACUUUUGAACCUUGUUACAACCCCCUGACUGUCAAUUAGACAACCGGUCCUGUUACUUCAUGAUUUUUUUAGCAAUAGCCCAGAGCACCUGCCUUACAAAGACUUCUCAUUGAGCUGCAUUGGGAAGUCUUUGAUUGGACAGCCACAGAAAGUGAGGGCGUGGUUAGAAGGGGAGGUCUUGGAAAGGUCACAGACAAGAGAACUGCAAGUUGUUUUUAGAUUUAUAUGAGAAUUGCAGAAAAGAAGAGAAACAAAGAUGGAAAAUCUAAAGCAUACCUCCUAGGUGGGGGAUAACCCCUGUAGUAAACAAUAGACUAGUAAAAAACAAAGAGGAGGAUGCAACAUAAUAUAGUGGGAACAGCGGACCCCCUGACCCCUGAUGCUGAUUUAGCGAAACGUGCGUCAGGGGUUAGGGGCUUCGCUGUUCCCACUAUAUUUUCUUAAGCACUGUUACCUGGCACUUAUGACUAUUUUGGCACGGCACUUUACCUGUUCCGUUGGCGACAAGGCUAUUACGGAUUCGGCUAGCCAUUUCACUACAGGGGUGGUCUACCAAAUAACGACCACUGUGCUGGCGGUAAUGUGAUCUCACACUAUUACCAUUACAGGUUAUGUGUCCAAGCAUUCCAAGUACCACGGUAUAUCUAAAACUCAGUGUAUGUCUACUAUACAACAAUUUACUGAGACUUAUCAAGAAACACCUUGUUGGUGGUAAUGUGAUCUUGUAUGAUUACCAUCACAGGCUAUUUACCCAAGUAUACCAAUUACUACGGUACAUUCCAAUAAGAAUUCACCCGUGGUACCUAUCACACCAUUGUCAUUAGUAGAAUAGCUCCAGCUGUUUUUAAAUCGAUGUUUUGUAUCUUUUGUUAUUAUUUGUGUCUAUAGUACUAUUUGUCUUGUUUUGUGGUUAGUUCUUGGUCCAGUCCUUUUUGGACUUUUUCAUUUUAUUUAUUAAAAGUUAAGUCUUAUUAUAGGUACCAUUUCACUCCCUUAGUAUUCCACUUUUUAACACCAGGUGCCGCAUCCUCCUCUUUGUUUCUUGCUUGUGUUUAGAUUUACCCCCAAUGAAAGAAAGCAUGCAAAGUUUCUUUGGGGUAUGUAUACUAAACAGUGAUUUAUUGUGUUUUGUUUUUUUAUUUGGGCAGUGGAGUGUCCCUUUAAUGACAAUGUCAAUCAUUCUGAUUGCAGAAACCACGUUCUGAAGGUCAAGGCCCUAGAGGUGUAUAUAAGUUGAAUGAACCUCUCCUUAGUCAUAUCCUUCCUCUUGUCUUUUUUCCAUGAUUGGAAGAGAAGUUUUAGACUUGGGUCACAGAUUUUAACAGCAUUCUGUGGAAGAACAUCACCAUGGGAAGGACAGGAGGUACAUUCAGGGGCCAGGGGUGGAAUGCAGGACACACAGAAAGUAAUGCACACAUGUUGUAAUUUUUAUAUCUUAAAACAUAGAAUACUAUAUUUUAUUUGGAUGGUUUAAUGCAGUAUUUCCAUGUUUGUGAUUAAACUGUAAGAGAAGCCUAAUUUAACACAUUAUCAGUAUAUGUAUUAUUCUAGAUAGACAUAUCUGUGUGCUUUAUUUAUCUACAUUCCUCAAAGAAGUAACUUUUCUAACAAUAUACUAUAGCUCUUUAAAAGAAAGAUUAAAUAGCCCCUGGCUGCAUGUGCCAUCUCUGGAACAAGAGGCUGUGACCCCCUGGGUUCUGUCAACCUAGCGUGAUAUGUGUCUGCAAAGUACAAUUUCUGUUUAUUUAAUAUGAAACUGUUGCGUUUUGCUGAUCUGACCUAACUUUAUCCAAAAUAGAGGAUUAUUAUAAUCAUUCUCUCUCUCAGCCCAGCUCUGACGCAUCUUAUUAGACAGGGAUUGACAGCUAUUCUGGUAUUUUCACCACUUUUGUUUUUCCCCCAUCAUUCUAAGGCAGCUUGGGCCAAGGGGCAUUCGCUCAACUUCACACACUAGGCAGCCUUCACCAGCUGCACACUACUCUAACACUGCUUUGGGGAUCAGAUGGCAGUCCUUCCUAGCAAUGCAUAACUCUGUCAAGUAGUCUUUGGACUUAUAGGGGUAAAUGUAGACAGCAGGCGGUAAAUGUAACUAGCCGUGUGGGUAAUGCCUGCUUGGGAGCAUUUUAUAUGACAGCUCACUAAGACGAUAAGACUGAUUCUACUCAUAUGGAUUAAAGGCUGGGCCUACAGAGCAUACCAUAGGCCUCAUCAUUGAAGGUGGCCAAUAUCUCUAUAGACCCUGUAAGCAGGGUUCGGCUUCUAUUACACUUUAGGCAAAGGGACACCCCAGGACCAUAUCACAGGUUGAACCAUGAACAGACAGGUAUUUUACCUCUUUAUAGCUUGCCCUAAGGGGUGAUUGCUCGGGUACAUGUAAAAUGGGGAUUUAGCUUACUGGGGCAAUCAGACACAUCCUUUCCAUGGCAGUAAGAAGAGUGGACUAGUGGCAAGUGCUAGCCACAUCUAAUUGAAAACUAUGGAAAAAAGUGUUUGUUGUAAUGGAAGGUGCUAUGGUGUCCAGGGGGUGCAAGAAUGAUAGACCACCAGGCUCCCCCUGUCCUUGUUAUUCUGACAGCCCCUGGGGAGGACAGGCCCUUAGGGUCCCCAUGUCCUGGUUAUUCUGACAGCCCAGGGGGAGGACAGACCCUCAGACUCCCCAUGUCCUGGCUAUUCUGACAGCCCCGGAGGAGGACAGACCCUCCGACUCCCCAUGUCCUGGUUAUUCUGUCAGCCCAGGGGGAGGAAAGACCCUCAGGCUUCCCAUGUCCUGGUUAUUCUGUCAGCCCAGGGGGAGGACAGGCCCUCAGUCUUCCCAUGUCCUGGUUAUUCUGUCAGCCCAGGGAGAGGACAGGCCCUCAGGCUCCCCAUGUCCUGAGUAUUCUGACAGCCCCGGAGGAGGAAAGACCCUCAGGCUUCCCAUGUCCUGGUUAUUCUGACAGGCCCUCAGGCUCCCCAUGUCCUGAGUAUUCUGACAGCCCCGGGGGAGGAAAGACCCUCAGGCUUCCCAUGUCCUGGUUAUUCUGACAGGCCCUCAGGCUCCCCAUGUCCUGAGUAUUCUGUCAGCCCUGGGGGAGGAAAGACCCUCAGGCUUCCCAUGUCCUGGUUAUUCUGACAGCCCCGGGGGAGGACAGACCCUCAGACUCCCCAUGUCCUGGUUAUUCUGACAGCCCUGGGGGGAGGACAGGCCCUCAGGCUCCCCACGUCCUGGAUAUUCUGACAGCUCCAGGGGAGGAAAGACCCUCAGGCUCCCCAUGUCCUGGUUAAUCUGACAGCCCUGGGGGACGACAGGCCCUCAGGCUCCCCAUGUCCUGGUUAUUCUGACAGCCCUGGGGGAGGACAGGCCCUCAGUCUCAUCACGUCCUGGUUAUUCUGACAGGCCCUCAGGCUUCCCAUGUCCUGGUUAUUCUGACAACCCCGGGGGAGGACCCAUGUCCUGGUUAUUCUGACAGCCCAGGGGGAGGACAGACCCUCAGGCUCCCCAUGUCCUGGUUAUUCUGACAGCCCAGGGGGAGGACAGACCCUCAGGCUCCCCAUGUCCUGGUUAUUCUGACAGCCCAGGGGGAGGACAGACCCUCAGACUCCCCAUGUCCUGGCUAUUCUGACAGCCCCGGAGGAGGACAGACCCUCCGACUCCCCAUGUCCUGGUUAUUCUGACAGCCCCGGGGGAGGACAGACCCUCAGACUCCCCAUGUCCUGGUUAUUCUGACAGCCACAGGGAGGGGAGGACAGGCCCUCAGACUCCCCAUGUCCUCUGGCACACACAAUAUUAACCGUAAUAACCUGCUUUGUGUACAGGUUUAAUGCCAAAUUAACGCUCCAUAUGAAGAGAUCAAUAUAUUGUGACCAAUUAAAAGGAAUUAAAAUAUG